AUGGCUUCCACCUCUGUGGGUGGUGCCCACCAGCAUGCUGUUGGUGAGAGGCAGUCCCCCUACAGCACAACCCCCAUCAUUACCACCAAUGCCAAAUGUCCCACCACCUACACCAAGUCCUAUUGGGCCAUCAAUGGCAGCCUCUCCUACCUGCUGGGCUCAUGGUCCAGCAUUGGCUCCUUCAGUGUUGUCAACAAGACCAUGGGUGUGAUCAUGCAAAUGCUCAAGGUGAACAACACCUCUGACUACUUUGACCACUACCUCCAGGGAACCAGUGUCACCUGCACCCACCAGACUGAGACUGGGAGCUUUGUCAGCAACAUGAUGGGUUCAAGAAGCAAGGCAAGAUGCUGUGAGAUGGUGGGUGAUUUCCAUGGCAUAUGA